GACUGGGUUCUGACCAAAGGUCAGACACUAGGUCAGCUUGCUCCCUUCCUGACAAGGUGCUGUCUGAAUGUUGUCCAGUCUCGCUCUAUUUCUGCAGAGGGCAGGAAUGUAGGCACCAGUUGGCACUUGGCCAGUCUGCAGUCCCUCCGUGGAUCGGUGAAUGAUGUUGAAAUUUCUGCUGGCACAAGCCAAGAGGUUCCCCUGGAUCACCAACAUAACGUGGUACAGCUCAAUCUUCACAGCGGGGGAUCUGGCCCAACAGAAACUGCAUAAUAAAGAAAAGGUCGACUUGAAACAGACUCGGAAUGUUGCCAUCCUGGCCUUCAGCUUCCAUGGCAACAUCUUCUACCUGUGGCUGAGGUUGAUGGAGCGCAUGUUCCCUGGGACGGCACCAGGCAACGUCCUUCGCAAAGUGGUGUGUGACCAACUGGUGAUAACUCCAACCGGCGUCAGCGGCUUUUACAUAGGUAUGAGUGUGAUGGAAGGGAAACACGAUAUCUUUGCGGUCUGGAGAGAAAAGUUCUGGGAUACAUAUAAGGUUGCUAUCAUCUAUUGGCCAACAGUACAGCUCAUCAAUUAUGGUUUGAUACCCGUAUUCUUCAGGAUGGCAUUUUUUGGAAGUUGGGGUUUUGUGUGGGUCAUUUUCAUGUCCCACUUAAGGCAACAUCGUCACAGCUCUGAGAAUCUCAUUAAGAAUUAUGGAACAAAAUGAAGAACUCGCAGUGAAUCGAUAACAUUGUGUUAGAACAUAUUUUCUUGAAAUAAAUUGGUUUAUUUUCUGCCUUG